GAAAUACCUUCAUAUAUUAAAAGACUGAAUAUUGAAAUAAGUAUUACAUUUGUGUAUAUAGAUUUUGAUUCAUGUGGAUUUCAUUUCCACCAUGACUAGCUCUCGAGAAGCUCGAUUUAUUCAAUCGUCCAUUAACGGCAUAGUUUUCUACUCGAAAUCUGAUAUUUCAUCGUUCGUCUCUCAAUAUGGAGAUUGUCCUCGAAGAUUUCGCGAUAUUCUAACCCUUCUUCAUAGCGAUUUGCAGAUAAACAAUUCAAAUCUAAAACUACAUUGGGAUUCUGCCAAAGCAAAUUUCACUGCGAAUCCUGACCACUAUAAGAACUCCCUCAAGAGGAAAGAUGGACGUAAUUUCUAUGAUGAAUGCCACAUUGCCAUUAUUCUGUACACUUUGGGAAGCUUAUACCACCAUUUAAACCAAGAUUGUCGGAAUUCCUGUGGUGGUGGCAAAACUUUGAAGAAAAUUCCAAACCUUUCCAUUUUCCUGCUUAUUCGUUACGUCAUGGAACACAAGACGCCAAGCACAGAACCAAGUAAUUUGUAUCGAGGUUGUACUGGUGUACCUGCUCGUAGAAUUAAACCUGGACAAAUUUUAGGCUUUGGGCAAUUUACCUCUACAACGGUAGAAUCUGGCAUGGCUCAAAUGUUCGCAGGGACACAAGGGGCCACGUUUUUUGUGAUUGUAAAUUCAUCAAGCGUUCGUACCAAAUUUAUUCCAAUGCAAUCACAUUCUCAAUAUCCAAGCGAAAACGAAGUACUCCUAUCGCCGUUUCAGACCUACAAAGUGAGGAAUGUUGAAAAGAUGCCUGGGGAUAAUUACUAUGUAUAUUUAACCAUUUGAAAUGUUUUUUUACUUCAUUAAUAGACUAUAAAUUAAUAACUUAAUUAUUAAUUGACUUAAUUAUUCAUGUAAAUAUGUACCGUCUAUGGUAAAUACAUACGAACCAAGUUUAUAAAUCUGA